UGGCUGGACUGCGCCGACAUGACAUGGCGGCGCGCGAGGUACCAGGCCCCUGGUGGCUGCUGCUGGCGGCGCUGCUGGUGGUGGAGGUCGCCAGGGCAACACACGAGUGCGCGCUGUACCUAUCCCGGGCACCCGUCGUGCCCUACGCACCCAACUCCAUCUUCCCAUAUGGAUCGUUCGGCAGCAGCGUAUGCAUAACGCAUGGGGACGUGAACGCAGCGUUCGAACUGGCGCGAAGCAAGUUACCCCCCAUCACGCCCCCUCACGAUGAGUACACCCCGGAGACGGUAGCACCGGUGGGGCAGCUACUGCUCGAUACCUCCAGAAUUCUGGCCCAAAGAUUUUCUUUGUCGAGUUACGAGAUUUUCUACGAGUUGCCGCGACUGGACGUGAGUCACACGGCCGUGGCGGAAGUGUGUCCGGAUUUUGCGUCACCGAUGACGUGUGUGCCCACGCGAUACCGACGCCAUGACGGCCUUUGCAACAAUCUUUUGCAUCCUACCUGGGGCGCCACCAGGACUGUCUUCAACAGGCUAAUUAGUCCAGUGUUCGCGGACGGAAUAGCGGCACCGCGGCUGAGCGUCGGACACCCGUACUCCAGCCUCCCCAACCCGCGGCGCGUCUCGGCUCACAUCCACCGCGACGACGGCUACCACGACCACGCCAUCUCGCUGCUCUUCCUAGCGUGGGGGCAGUUCAUGGAUCAUGACUUCACACUCACUGCUACUCCACUAGAUCCUGAGACCCGCAAUGAGCCAGAAAGAAACUGCUGCGUGCUCCCUGAGCACCAGCAGCAUCAAGAAUGUCUCGAGAUUCGGCUGCCUAAAGAUGACCAGUUCUACUCGCUCUUCCAUCAAGACUGCUUGGAGUUUUUUCGCGGGUUGCCCGGCGUUAGGCAAGACUGCAAGCUUGGCGUUAGAGCUCCCUUCAAUAUUUUGACAAGCGUUAUAGACGUGAACACGGUCUAUGGUGGCAGCCAUCGUCACGCUAACCGACUGCGCGAGGGCGUGGGGGGACUCAUGAAGAUGAACAACGUCUUCAAGGACCUGGGGCUGAGGGAGCUGCUCCCCACCAAGACGGACUUUGUGGAUGAGGGAUGCACGAGAUCGUCAUCCCCAACCCUGUUCUGCUUUGAGGCAGGUGAGAUCCGCGUGAACGAACAACUGAUCUUAACUACGAUCCACACGCUGUGGUUCCGGGAGCACAACCGCAUAUGCAAGGAGCUCUCGAUCAUUAAUCCGCACUGGGAUGACGAGACACUCUACCAGGAGACGCGUCACAUCGUCAGUGCUAUGGUGCAACACAUCACCUUCCAUGAGUUCCUACCGCUCCUGCUGGGGGAGAAGGUCAUGAGAAACUACGGUCUAACCUUGGAGCAUCAGGGCUACUGGGACGGAUACGACCCCGCCACAGACCCCUCCAUGACGGCCGCAUUUAUCACGGCCGCCUUCAGGUUCGGUCACUCACUUCUGCCGUCUGCAGUUGAACGCUGGAGUCCCUCGAACAAAUUCAUGGGUUCGGUGCGGUUGAGCCGUUUGAUCCGGCAGCCGUUCGACCUGUACAGGGCGGGGGUGCUGGACGAGUAUUACAUUGGGCUGACGAAGCAGCCUGUCCAGGCUAUGGAUGAUGCUAUCACACAAGAGGUUUUUAACAUAUUUUAUGUAGUUUUAUAUAAAAGCAAUAUGUUUAAGUUUAAUAUAAAUAUAGGUUUAUUCUAUAUGUAUAACAACAGAACACAUAAGACACCAUCACACACGAGUUUUUAUUUCUUCAGGAAGUUCUGCGGGUUGCCACCCAUCACAAACUUCCAUGAACUCGCGUCUGUCAUGACGAACGUGACAGCUCAUCGCUAUGCUGAUGUCUACAGUCACGUGGACGACAUAGACCUCUGGAGCGCCGGGGUAUCCGAACGCCCCCUAGAGGGUUCUCUGCUCGGGCCGACGUUCUCAUGCAUCGUGGCGACUCAAAUGCAGAGGGUCAGGAGAGGCGACAGGUUUUGGUUCGAACUGCCGGGACAACCGUCUUCUUUCACCCCUGCUCAACUGGCCUCAAUCAGGACCACACGUCUGGCACGCGUGCUGUGCGACAACACGGACCGCGUGGAGGAGGUGCAGCGAUACCCUAUGUUGCUCGCCGACCCCCACAUUAAUCCUGUGGUGCGGUGCGGCAGUGGACAGCUCACCCGGCUUGACCUAUCGCCCUGGAGACACAUUCAUUAGCUAUAAAUGGAUUUAAAUAUUAUCUUAUUUAGUAUCAGUCUAAUUGUGUGCAUGUCAAAGCUAAGCUUCAAUACUGUUGCCAAAUAUUUUUGUACUCGUGUGCCACGUAAUAAUUUUAAUAGACUUGUGAGCAUCGAAUCUUCCAAAAAAGAGUAAAAGGUUCAAAUAAUGUUAGGAAGCUUUUUAUUAUUUUUUACUCGAAUAUAUUCAAUGAACAAAUUUUUUUAUUACCAAUUUCAAUAUUAAGAAUUGUUUAAUUGAUUUUCUUAUAACCUAAUUAUUUUCUCCAAAAAUCGCACCUAGGUUCAUGCAUUAAAAGCUUGAAAAUUGCGAUUUUUUUUGCAGAUGUGUGAUUUAUUAAAUUAAACA